UCAAGAUGUCUUGUUUACAUAUGGGUUACAUGCAAUUCAUAUGAUAUACUAUUUUAAAUAAACAUUGUUCACUUAAGUCCAAAUCUUCAUAGCGUUCCAUAAACAGUGAAAAGUCUUAUCACCUACUCACCAUUAGGAAAAAUGGUCCUCGAAAAGCACAUUAAAAAAAACUAUAAAAUGAAAUGUAGAAUUCUUUAGCGGUCUCAAACUAAGACAGACAAAUCCACCACCAAGAAUAAAAGAGGGGAAUGAGCAGAGGGAUUGAUGCCCACACUCAUAGGACUCAGUGUGGGGAGGGACCCUGGACCACUGAACAGGUUAAGACACUACAGUAAUCAGACAAAUGAUCUAUACAUACAUCACUAUCACCCACAUGGCACCAAUUGAUGUCCAUGCCUGUUCUGUAUGCACAGGACCUGAUGCAGCUGGGUGGCUUCAAACUAUUGUAUAUGGACAGAUCACAUCUACUGAGGACAGUGUUGUUAAGUUGACCAACAUGUUUCUGUCACCAUCCCAUCCUGUCUGUCCCACUGGGUGUUAUGGAAGUAAGUUAUAGUCUCCUAUUUGAUCUUUCUGGUUUUUGUGAGAUGUUAAAGCUGACGAUUAUUUUGUUUUCAGGAUGAUAGUAGAGAUGAAGUCCGAAAAACACGUCAGAAGAUGAAGCCGACCACUUCACACUCACACCAGCACCGGAAUGCAGGUAACUUCUUUUGGAGAGAAAGUACUAGCGAGUAGUUAUCUAUGAACUUUGCUGCACCAAAGUCUGAUCCAGCAUGUAUAAUGGUACAUAUACUUAAACACUCAGUUGCAAUAUUAGCUAACAUGUAUCUGAAACUAAUGCAGUAACACAACAGUCCUGCAUUAUAUUCUAUAUUUGUGAAGGUUAUAAUGCUCAGUUUUAGUUGAAACUGUUUUAGAAAGGUGUAAAGAAAUACUUAGAAGAAAUACAAAGUUUUCAGGAGCUUUUAAAAGAAAGUGUCCUCUGCCUUGCCACUAGAUGGAGACAUUUUUUAUUAAGUUGCAGUCCUACAGAAAGUUUGUAUUGUUGAACUUAUGUACAGUUCAGCGGUCGGCUGAGUGUGAUUUUUCUCCUUAAUUUAUUAUGUGAUGGGAGCGCUCUUCUUUGUGAGCCCAUAAAAAGGCGAGCAUGACCACCUCAUUACCUCAGCAAUAAAAGAAUACAGCCUCCAGUGAGUGCAGUGUAAGCAAUGUCAGUGUGCAGAGUCCAACGGCUCCUCUGGCUCGUUUCGUGGGAGAUGAUUGUCAAAGUCUUUCGCUCCGACCAGCAGCUGGUGUUCAGGGACCAUGCCAUCGGGGAAGACGGUCAAGCUCAUCCUGUAUGAGGUGCUGCAGUUUGCGGCCCUCAUUGUACCCAUCUUUGUGGUUAUGGAGAGGUUCGCCGGCCUCAUAUGUGACGUGAGAGGACGGGAUGUAACGACCUAUUGGCUGGUGGUGGCGGCGUCUAUCGCCUAUGUGACCUCUGUGGCCCUGCUGGUGUGGGUUCCUCUGAAGUACCUGAUCCUGAAGCGGCGGAGGUUUAUCUCAGAGAUCACACAGUGGAGACCAACAGCGCUGGCGUAUCUCAUCCUGUGUACAUUACCGUGUUUUGCUAUUUUAAUAGCCAGCUCCAAGGUGCAGGUGGACAGAGGACUCCGGCUCGACCAUUUCGCCGAGUUGCCCGUUUCCUUGGUGCUUGUCUCCCUCAUCUGUGUGGAUAUCAUAGAGAGAAUUCGCCCCUGCAGUCUCAUCGGACAAUCAGACAGCUUGGAUUCUGACUUUGACACGCCGGGCCCCGUCCUCACCCAACUGGAGCAGGUGACCACUGUGACGGGCCAGCUGCAUGCUGACGAAGGCCAGAACGGUUCGACCCGAGGCCCCCCAGAGGCCAGCAAUGGCGGCACCUCAGGCAGAUGGCAGGACCUUGCCGGUUCACCCGGCCGCUCGACACUCGGCUCACGAGUGCCCAACGCUGCCUACCUGUACUCCUCAUCUUCGCGCCGGCGAUCCUACUCCGGUCCUCUGGGCUUACUGUGGAGGAGGGACGGGAGGUCACAGGUGUUUGUGGAGAGCUUCCUGUUCUGGCUCGACACUGCGGAGAUGGUGAGAGUGGCAGGAGAGCCGUCGAUCUUCUACUCAGCCUGGGUGUUCCCCGUCUACAUCCUCUCCUUCACGUCUACUCUCCGCAUGGUCAUCACUCCCAACAACCCGUUAUUGUCUUCUGCUGGAGUUGCUCUGCAGGACCUUCCUUUCUUCAUCGUGCGAGUGUCUCUGAUUGUUGUGUUCGGUUAUGUGACUCCUGUGUUGUACCCUUUGAAAAAUGUGCUGGUGAGCCUGACUUUUAUCUACUUCACAUUCGUGGUUAAGCUGAGGAUUUUCAGAAGGCAGAGCAUGUUUUGAGGAGGAGUGACAGAAUGAAAGAUCCGCUUUGAUUGUGGAAUGGUUGAACAGUUGCUGCAUUUAUGUGAAGGGAGCAACACCGGAGAAACUGGAGAAACGGGUGCUGAUGAUCAAGAACAACGUGCUUUGAAUUGUAACGGCUGUAAAUGUGUCAAAAGGCCAUUCAUCCAAAUCAAAGUGUAAAAAUGAUUCAGG